GCCCGCAGACAUGUCGUCGGGGGACGCGGGGUCCGGCGCGGGGGAGGGCACCCCGCGCGCGGCCGCAGCUCUCUGUGGCCUGUACCACGAGGCCGGGCAGCAGCUGAAGCGCCUGCAGGAGCAGCUGGCCGCCCGGGACGCCCUCAUAGAGCGCCUCCGCGCCCGCCUGGCCGCGCUGGACGGGGACGCGGCGCCGUCGCUCGUGGACGCGCUGCUGGAGCAGGUGGCGCGCCUCCGGGAGCAGCUCCGGCAGCGGGAGGGCGGCGCCGUGGAGGCCGCGCUGCGCCAGGAAAUUGAGAGGCUUUCUGAGCAGCUGGAAGAGAAGGAGAGGGAGACCCAGCAGCUGGCGAGCCAGCCAGGGCACGAGCGUGAGGAGGAGGCCGCCCUGCUGCGGAGGCAGGCGGCAGAGAAGGAACGGGCCUGGGCCGCCAGCGCCGUCCUGUGCCGCUCCUUGGCCAGUGAGACCCACCAGCUGCGGAGAGCUCUGGCCGCCAAGGCCCACGUGUGCCAGCAUCUGGCCAAGUGUCUGGAUGCACGACAGGGGGCCGUGGGGGACCAGAGGCCUGAGCCUGAACACGCAGGCAAGGACGCCUCUGUCCAAGCUGCCGUUGAGAAGCUGCAGGAAGAAAACCGGCUGUUAAAGCAGAAGGUGACUCAUGUGGAGGACCUCAACGCCAGGUGGCAGCGCUACGACGCCAGCAGGGACGCGUACGUGCGGGAGCUGCGGGCCCAGCUGCGGGCCGUGCGGGCGCCCGAGCCCGAGGCGGAGCUGCUGAGGAAGGAGAUCUCCCGGCUCAACAGGCAGCUGGAGGAGAGAAUCAGCGAGUGUUCGGGGGUCUCGAAGGAGCUGGCGGAGGCGCGGGAGCGGGCAGGGAUGCUGGAGCAGCAGAUUCUCGCCUACAAGGACGACUUCACGUCGGAGAGGGCGGACCGGGAGCGGGCUCAGAGCAGGAUCCAGGAACUCGAGGACCAGGUGGCCGCCCUGCAGCGCCAGGCGUCCCGCAGACAGGACCCCCGAGAGCCAGGCUCCUGCCGGAUUCACACGGGGAGCAAACCCCCCCAGUACUUAGAGACUGAGGCUGUGGAGUUUUUGGCGCCUGGUGGCCAGCAGCCUGCGGCUGGGCCCCCGUGUCUGGCCGCCCCAGCAGAGGACAGGCACGCUGGGGCCGCCCGCAGAGGCCAGGGAGACCUGCAGUGCCCCCACUGCCUGCAGUGCUUCAGUGACGAGCAGGGCGAGGAGCUCUUCCGCCACGUGGCCGAGUGCUGCCUGUGAGCCGGGCCAGGGCUUCGCCCGUCCCCUCGAGCUGGGGGCCGGGUCCGAGGGCGCGUCCAGCAGGCUGGAGAGGGAUGGACUUCGGGGGCCCUUCUGCGUCUGGUGCAGUUUGGGUCCCCAAGCUGUCAGGCCAGAGCAGGAAGACUGACAGGCUGAGGUGACAGCCCCGCCCCAGCUGGCCCCUGGGACACUGCAGCUCGCGUGAAGAGGCUGGUUUGUGGCGCACCCCGGUCACGUGGCCACCGCGGGCCGUGUGUCUGCACCGGAGCACACCCCGGUCACGUGGCCACCGCGGGCCAUGCGUCUGCACCGGAGCACACCACCCACAGCCCUGGUCACCGAGCCCUGUUACAGCACUCUUACUUCCCAGCCACUGACUUUAUAAUAAACGCAUCUGCUA